AUGGACAAGCCUCGUCGCACGAUGCUGCCUAUCACGUUUUUGGACGACGACUCCCAUGCCCCUGACCCCGACCAAGAAGAUCUGAUGGUGAUAACGGCAGAGAUCACCCGAUAUGGUGUCAGCAAAGUCCUGGUGGAUCAGAGAAGCUUCGCGGGUGAGAGGGUCGACACCCGAGGAUAUGUGGAGUUGCGCAAAAGAUUGGGGACCGGGCGGUCUAGCGAGGAGAAGAGGGUCUGGUAUUUGCUGGUAGAAGCCAACACCUCAUACAACGUGUUGCUUGGCCGGUCGUGCCUCAAUGCCUUUGGGGCGAUCGUUUCCACUCCCCACCUCACUGUGAAGUACCCCUCGGAGAAGGGAACCAUAUGCAUCGUCCGAGCGGAUCAAAAGACAGCCAGGGAGUGCUACGCCGCAGGACUCAAGCUUUACACCCGACAAGCAAAGAGGAGAGCGACCGGUUCCGAAGUAGCCAUGGCCGACCUUGAUCCAAGGACGAACACGGAGGACCGACUGGAACGUAUAGAAGAAACGCAACCCGUCCUAAUAGGGAAGGACCCCUCCCAAACUACCACCAUGGCGAGGGGCUUGCAGCCCGAGGUAGAAGAGGAGCUUAGGGCGCUCCUGUGGAAAAACCGAGACUUGUUCGCGUGGACAGCGGCCGACAUGCCGGGGAUCCACCCCUCGGUCAUGUCCCAUAAAUUGACGUUGUUCAAGGAAGCCCGCCCGAUACCACAGAAAAAGCGACGAAUGAGCGAGGAGAAGAAGAAAGUCGUCGAAGAAGAGGUGGGUAAACUAAAAGAGGCAGGUUUUGUCAGGGAGGUUACCUACACCACAUUGCUAGCCAACGUGGUGAUGGUAAAAAAGGCCAGCGGAAAGUGGCGCAUGUGCACCGACUACACCGACCUGAAUAAGGCCUGUCCAAAGGACUUCGGUCAUCGUAUGUUGAGCUUCGUAGACGCUUACACGGGGUACAACCAAAUUCCGAUGUACGGGCUAGACCGGGAGAAGACGACCUUCAUCACUGAGAGGGCGAACUUCUGUUAUGAAGUAAUGCUUUUCGGCUUGAAGAACUCUGGGGCCACCUAUCAGCAGUUGAUGGAUAGGAUCUUCAGGGAACAAAUCAGCUGGUGUAUGGACGUUUACGUGGACGACAUGGUCGUCCGCUUGGUGGACGGUGUGGGUCACAUACGGGACUUGGAGGAGGUCUUUCGCCAAGUCAGAAAGUUCGGGAUGCGGCUGAACCCGACCAAAUGCACGUUCGGAGUAGCAGUACUAUGGGCCUACCGAUGCGCGCCCCAUGGAACGAUCGGAGAAACCCCUUUUAACCUGACGUACGACACUGACGCCAUGUUGCCAGUCAAACUAGGGGAGCCCUCGUUACGACAUCAAGUAGAGGACCUAUAG